CUCGGCCCGCCUCCGCCGCAUUGUCCCGGGCCCCGCGCCCCGGCCCUGAGCCGUGCCGCCGCAGCGCCCAAUUGCACCCCGCCGCCUGCGGGGCCAUGCGGAGGGCCGCCAGGAUGGAGGACUUCACCGCAGACGAAGAGGAGCCCUGGUACGACCAGCAGGACCUGGAGCAGGACUUGCACUUAGCUGCGGAGCUGGGGAAGACGCUGCUGGAGAGGAACAAGGAGCUGGAGGAGUCUCUGCAGCAGAUGUACUCCACCAACGAGGAGCAAGUGCAGGAGAUUGAGUACCUGACCAAACAGCUGGACACGCUGCGGCACGUGAAUGAGCAGCACGCCAAAGUGUACGAACAGCUGGACCUGGCGGCCCGAGACCUGGAGCUGACCAACCAGAAGCUGGUGCUGGAGAGUAAGGCUGCCCAGCAGAAGAUCCAUGGGCUGACGGAGACCAUCGAGCGCCUGCAGACCCAGGUUGAGGAGCUGCAGGCCCAGGUGGAGCAGCUACGGGACCUGGAGCAGCUGCGAGUGCGGCGGGAGAGGCGGGAGCGCCGGCGCACCAUCCACACCUUCCCCUGCCUCAGGGAGCUGUGCGCCAGCCCCCGGUAGGUGAGGCUGCCACUCGAGGGCAGCAGCCCGGACCCUGGACCGCCAACCAUGGCAGG